GUACAUUAAGGAAUGCCCUGUUUGUGGAACCCCAGUCAGAUUCCAAGAAUAUGAUUCUGGAUUUCACAAUUUCAAUAACAAAGUGUUCCUCACAAUCCCUCUGUGCUCACUUUUGACAACAGGUCUUUCAAACCACAUUGCUGUUGGACGUUUUUUGCGUACAUUGGGGGAACACAGCAAAGUGUACAUUCCUCGCAACAAAAUAAGGAAAAGCUUUUUACCACUUCUCUGCUUUGAGGAGCUACACCUACAAUUACUUUUGUUAUCGCUGUGGCCAUCAUCCUCCUAUUUUGAUUGCUGACGCCAACUGGAAAGUGGCCUUUGACUUACCAGUGCAUCUCAUGAGACGACCAGACCUGACAAACACCACUUCACAGGACACACAGGUGAAUGUUUCAUCUAGAUGGGAAAACCCUGAGAAAGAGAUAAUUGCAACAGGACUUUGUGAUGGGUCAUCUCAAAACCCAUUUUCUAGCUCCCUGACAUACUCUGCCUUUACAUCAUGGAUUGGUCAAUACUCAAGAAUAUCUGAUGUCAUACCCAAGACUGAGAUUUUGAAAGGCCUCUCCCAGAAAGACAGAUUGUGGACAAAGAGGACAGAUGAGGAAUUUGAUGAGGACCGAAUUUUGCAAGUAUUAGAGCUCAAAGGGCCUCGAAGAGAAGAUCUUACAAUGGCAUGCAAUGCUCUAGGCAUUUCAGCAAGUGGAUCACAGUCUGACCUCAUUAAUAGGCUUGAGGAACUUCUGUUGUAUAAGGAUAUAUAUCCAAAAAUGUUUGUGAAGCUUCACAAAGCAGGAGGAGGGGUACUGCAUCUUGGGUGCACCCAUGGUGUGGUUUACUAUCAGUCACCCCUGUGGUGGCAGGAAUCUGCCCGAGACCAUGGAGAUGGUCUCCUGAGUUUUAAAUGUCCACCCACGGUCUUCAUCUCAGAUAUAGCUGGAUGUGUUGCCAGACAUGUGAAUAAUAGGACUCAUCAAAAGUUUUUUCAGUCACAUGAUGGCAGGCUAUGUGCUCCAACAUCAGAAAACAUUUCUGCUGCAUUGGAAAAAAAACUUACAGUGCAGAAAGAAUGGGUGAAUACCCUUCGAAGCUCCAUGGGGCCAAAUAUACACGAAGACCAAACAAGUGACAGAUUCACCUGCCCUCACCCUCUGACUGGAACUCGUGAACGGUACUCCCUCUAUGACCGUUUUCAUGAGAAAAACCAAAAAAGGCCUGAAGAGAGACUGAGGAGCAUAAAACUUUUUCCAGAUCUUGCCUGUAUUGUUAAUUCGUCUUCAGCAGAGCAAAUCAACAAAGAGCUGUCAACCAGCAGGUAUUUCCUCUGCCAACUGAAGGACAUUCAUUACAUGUUCGCCUUGCGGCUGUGUUUCCAUCUGCACAACCAGAGGAUCAAUAAUAACUUCUUGCAGGACAUUCAAAAAAUGUCCCAAAAAGAUGUGCACCUAGGGCUACAUGGACACCUAUUAAUAGGUGUGGAUGAGGAAACAGACAAAGAGAUGUACCAAAGAACAUCUGCAAAGUCAUUAACUGACCUGUGAGCUGAACAGACAAAGUUGAGGAAGAUAUGGAUAGUUUCACUGUGUCAUUGUUUCCUAUAAGUGAACAAAAUAAGGACAAGCUGAAACAACAUUACAUUUCCUGGAGGAGAGAGAGACAAAUAAUUCACAGAUUUUCAGCAUAUGCAACACUGUAUAUUGCAGACUUAAGAUGUGCUUGCCCCUCUUCUCUUUUAGAGGAAGACCCAAACAAGAACAUGCCUUGGUUAAAUGAUAAUGCCGUGAACUGUCGUCUUGCUCAAAUUGCAGCAGAAACUCAGCAUGUUGUUGCCUUAUACACAGAUGUGUACAUUUUGUGGUACAGAGAGUGGACAAAAAACAAAGCCAUUUCAAGGUCACAUGUGCAAGAUCUUGAGAAUGCUCAAAAAAUCCUGCUCCCAAGAAUCGUUGGUGGUAAUACACCCGAACGGGGAAACCACUUUAUACUCUGGGUUUUCGAUGUCUCUGGAAAACAAGUGCGUAUUUAUGAUUCAAUGGAGAUCUACAAUUCUAUUGAAAGAAAUGACAUGGAGAUUCUGAGAGAGGCUUUUCAAAAACAUGGGUCACUGGAUGGCUGGACUGUUUGCAAUCCAGAACAGUGGAUGCAGCGAGAUGGUGUGAACUGUGGGGUAUUUGUUUGCACUGCAGCUGAAAUGGAAGCCAAAAACCUGAAAAUGUCUUCUGAAGUGCUGCAAACUUGUCAGAUAGUACACCUGCGUGUUUACCAUGCCACAAGCAUGUUGAAAGAUGUGAUGACUGAAGACUUUCCGACUGCAAUUGGAGAAAGAGAGGAAGGUGAAAUAGAGACCAACACCUGCAUGGCCCAGGACAUAAAAGCAUGUGUUUAUCAAAACACAGGAAAUAAAACCCUGCAUCCACACAUCAAACGGAUGAAGUGGGUUCAGUGUGAUCUGUGCAACAAAUGGUUACACACUGAUUGUGCUGGCAUAGACCCUACAACAAUUCACAAAGACACGCCCUUCAGCUGUGGAUGUGAUCAACAACCAUAUUAUUUUCAAAGCACCCUCACAGCUUUGAAACAGGGACUUUUGGUUGAUACAGUUGUGGAGGAUGAAGAAAUUGGUAAACUUCAUCAUGACCUCACAUCUGGUGCUGUUAGAUCACACAGAAUGUUUUUACAUAAACAUCCCAGUUAUGCACCCAAACUGAAAAACCAAUGUAACCUACGGAUCUCCGUUUUUGAUCAAGAACAGACUGAGGGAAUCAUUGACAAGGUGUACAGUGUUUUGGCAUUGGAAAAAAACAGAUUUAUGUAGCCCUUCGUAUGCUAUGGAAGUCAUGACACCUGAGAUAACCAUUCUGAAUAAGAAAGACAGAGGGGUUCCACAGAUUCCAAGCGGAAAUGGCCUUUGCAGCUGCACACUGUGUGUGUGUGGAAUAAUAGUUUUAGUGCGACAAGCAGUGGCCUAUAUUGAUUCUUGUUUUUUAUUUGUAAAUAGAUUUUGUUUCUUUGUUUUUAUUUGUAAAUAGUUUUUGU